GACGGAGGAGCUUGAGGUCGGCGCCGGGGAGGGCCAGUUGAACUCUGCAGAACAUGAGCAGAGCAACUGUGACGCUCACGGGGCGCACGGGGACCAGGACAGCACCGAGCACGACCAGGGCAGGCACCUGAACAUAGUCAAGACGCAGACGCUGCGCAUCGACGAGGCGGAGGUGAGCAUCAAGGGUGGUAAGGUCAGCCCCACGGGCACGCUCGCGCAGGGGGCCGUCGGCAACCAGCAGAGCACUGCGGGGAACCAGGGCAGCCACCUGUGCACCUAUGCCCUACGCGACGGAGCAGAGCACCAGCGAC